UAGUAGUAGCGGUAGUAGGAUUAAGAGCAGGGCCCUCCCCCUCUAGCUGUAAGCUGGUCUGACACGCGGUCUGGUGUGCCCGAAACAUUCUUCCCAACCCGAUCCCGAUCGCAAUGCUGACCGGCCGUGGGCUCCGUCGUUUUGCGUAAGCAACCGGGAGGACGGUGGGCGCGAGGGCGGAGGUGUGUGGGGUGGUGCAAAUGCAAAAACAAAACAAACGCCCCAACCAAAACCAGCUCGUGGCGCAAUGUUACUUCCGGGCGCGCGCCCAGCCUGAUAAGAUCCGAUCGAGCGAUUAGUGUAUGCAUGUGUAUGCGUGUGCGUGUGUGUGUGUGUGCUUGAGGGUGCAUGUUUAUGCGCGUGAUUAAAAGGGACAUCAUAUUGUUUCAAACGCUCUGCUGAAGGAAGCGAACGCAUUCGUGCUGGUUUUCUGUUGCGGCUGCGCCACGUCUGGUGCGCACCAGCGGCAAGAAGACGAUGCAACUGUUCCGUGGGUUUAGUUAAGCAUUUCCUUUCCUUGUAUAUCCUAACUCAAUCCUUCCCUCCCUUUUCCGUACCCCCAGCCCACCACUUUGUAGAGAAACUGAACUCUGCCACCAACUGAGCAAAGUGCGAUUCGCGCGUGUUUUUGUGGAGCAAGGCAAGGGUAUUCGGGAGGUGCUUUAAGAUUUAAGUUUGAUUGCACUUGAGGGAGAGAGAGAGAGAGAGAGAGAGGGAGAGAACGAGCACGAGAGGAAGGAACGAGAGCGGGAGCAGGGGAGUGAUUCGUUUUGCCCGUAACGCCUCCCGCUCCAACCAUGAACGCCCGCUCGCAAACGUUCGAUCUGCGCAUGGAGGGCCGGCAGGUGGACGAGGCCGUGCUGAGCAUCUUCCACACGAUCCUGUUUCACCGCAGCCUCGGCAAGUUCCUGUACACCGAGGAGGCGAUGUACUCGGUCGGCACGAUCGGCUACCGGGACGUGGACUGCGACUUUUUCGACUUCACCUACGUGUGCUGCAGCUCGCCGCGGCUGGAGGAGACGCUGCGGCGCGAGAUCGGCAACUUUAGCCGGCAGCUGCGCAGCAACGACAGCGGCGGCACCGGCCAGAUCAGUCUCGAGUUUUUCCAGCGCAAGAAGACGCGCUGGCCGUUCCAGACCGACUGCAUACCGUGGGAGGUGUGGACGAUACGGCUCGAGCUGCUGACGCUCACGAACGAGGACGACCGGCUGCAGUGCCGGGAGCGGGUGAGCGACCUGCUGACCGACAAGGUCUUCUGCAUCACCGAGAUCAUGAACCGGCACGACUACGUGCCGAAGAUACCGAACCAGACCGAGCUCGACAUGGUGUUCGACACGACCUACCCGGACGUGCAGCCGUACCUGUUCCAGUUCAAGUUCAGCACGGCCGGCCCGAGCGGCACCUCGGUGAGCAACACGAUGAAGAAGCUGAUCAAGGAAACGCUCAACGUUUCGUUGUGACUAAUGCGCGGCCUGCUGCUGCUGCUGCUGCUGCUGCUCGUGGGGUCGUGGCCCGGGCGUCCGCUUUCUUUGCGCCUCAAGGGAGCCCGGGCGGGAGAAGAUCCCAUUUUUUUUGUUUUCUUUACACACACACACACACACACACACUGUUACACUCGCGCCUGUUAAGCCGUGGCGGAGUGUUUUUUUACUUGUUUUAAUGGUCGCAUUUCCGUGCAAUCAAUGUUAUACCGUGGUCCGUCGUCCCUCCCUCCCUCCCUACCCCCCACUCCACACACCAUAUAGUGUAUCAAUAGUGUUUGUGUCUCUAUUUGGUUUUGGAGGGUUUUUUCACUUCUCUUUUUUUCAUUUACGUGUCAUGUCAUCGUGCUAUUACGCCAGUGGCUGUAGGCUAAGGAUUAUGUUGAGCUAAGUACGCGCAUGGGCAGAGGAGCUUUUUCUGCAGCCUUUGCCCGCUGUGUGUCUGUCUGUCUGUGUGUGUGUGUGUAGCGCAAACGAUUAGCGUCUGCCUGCCAGGCAAAUCCGUAUCAACAGUCUAAAAGGUUGAAUUGUUAAAACCUUUCGAUCAAACGGCGAUGACAGUGAGGCCGGGAAGCGUGGAAGCGCAAAACGAGAUUAAUGAAUGGCCCUGUGAUGUCGGUUUUGUUUGAACGAGUUAAAAAAAACCGAAGGGGCUUUCGUUUUAGGUUUACGAUUACGCAACGUGUGAUGUGUAGUACGCAUCAUUCUAGGCCGCUCUGCUGCUUCGCCACAACCAAGGGCUGACGAAGAGCCACUGUGUGUAUGUAUGUGUGUGUGUGUGUGCGUAGCUAACGAAUGAUUUGUAUGAGUGUGUACCGCGGUUUUUUGUUUGCUUGUUUUGCUGAUUAAUGUGUGCAGCCUGAUGUUGAGCGCCACCACCUGUUUAGUUUAAGUUUGCAACCCCACACCACCCACCUACCGUAAACACCGCCCCUCCCCCCCCAUGCGUCGAGUUUUCCGUUGAUCUCUAAUUGAUAAGGCGCGCUAGCCGCGCACGCUGAAGACACUUUAACAAAAAAAAAAAGCAACCGAUGUUUUAAAACGCUGAGCGCCCAAAGCAAACGCAAACAAACAAUAUACCGUAAGGUGAUGUACCGAAUCACUAAUUAAUAGCGUUAGGUUUUAGGUUAAGCGGUUCCAGCCGGGUGGUACAAACAAACCAAGACAGUGAAACAAAAAAAAAAAAAAAACAACACAAAAACAAAUCGUUCGCUCUUCUCGACGGCAACUAGUCGCGUUUUUGCACCAAUGGUGGUGACAUACUUGGAUGAGGUAGAAUAAAUAGUGCAAUAUUGCAGGCAUCGGGGAACAGGCGGAGAACGGCUUCACUCUUGUUUUGAACACUCCCCAAACUGAUACUUUUUUUUUUUAAUGUAUGCCAAAACAAGUAAAGCACAAUAGUACAAAAAGAAAGAAGCAGGAUUUCCCAGAACGAAGCAGAGCGAAGCAAUGCGGUAGAGCAAAAGAUUAUUUCUAGUGAACAAAAUUAACCACCUUCAAAUGGGUUUGCAAAUAGCGUCGAUUGAAAGGAGAAACAGUCGCUUUUUUUUUUAAUAGUUCGAGUCUGCCCCAUGCAAUGAAUUUACCCUAACGUCAGAAGCCAAACUGCAAUUCAAUGAUAGGAUAGUGUGUGCGUGUUGUGGGUUUAAACGUCCUGCUCUCCCAAGUUUUGUUUCCUCACCCUGCUAGAUGGAUUGCCCAUUUACUAGCAACCAAAACGAACCGAGCAGAAAGGAAAAAGAAUGAAAAAAAAAAACACAACAACAACACGCAAGAAUCAUACGGGUUCCCGAAACAGAAAGUUUGAUGCAUAAAGUAAUGGUCACUAUACAAAAAAACAAAGUAUGCAGUAAAUAGUUACGUAACAUUACCUAAAGACAUCUCAAUAGCAUAGUAGCAUUAAUGCUUGCAUAUACGUAAAGAAAACGCUAACCCACGACUAGGAUAUCAACACAAACCGUACCGCUACUCUCCGUACUAUAUAUAUACGUAAACGACUUUCUCACGUAUGUAUGAGUGUGUGUGUGUGUGUGCGAGAGAGUGUGUGAGGGAGUGAGUGUGUAGGGUUGUGCACGAUACCUUCCCUGAACUUAAUUAUGUUUUAGGCAGGCUUGUUCGGUUAGAUUGUUGAUUUGUUUUCUUUCAUUUUUUAUUCUGCUCUCGUGCACUAUCUGUCUUGCUUCGCUUGCACUUACACUUUUCACGCCGUUCACUAUUCGCAACAGAUGAGGCAGGCAACACUCCGGUUGUGUAUAUGUGUGUGUGUGUGUGUGUAUCGGUGAGUGUGGGCGUUAAUUUUAAGCCACCGGACCAGAAAGGAGCAGAUACACUCGUGUGUGCGCAUGUGUGUAAGCAUGUCUCUGCGGACGGGACAUGUCACCGCAUGUCCCGCAGCCCCCGCUCACCGCACCCAACGCACGUGGUUUUUGAGUCAUUUAUUAGGCUAUAAGUCGGGCUUUGUUUGUUUUUUGUUUUUUUUUGUCCUACGUAAGCCUGUUAGUUAAAAACAACAACAACAACAACAACAAAAAACGCACCCAAUUUUUAAUUAAGUUUAAGUGGUUUGGAUAGGGGUUUAUUUUCCAAUUGGAAAGUUUUAGUUCUGUAAGUACUUGCAAUAUAUUGUGCGACAAAGCGGAAGAAACGGAAUGAAAAAAAAAACAACAACAACAAAAACACGGGAAAGUAGUGAGUGGAAAAAAAUGUAACAAAAAGAAAACGAAACGAAAGCGAUUACAAUGUAAAAAAAAACUACAACAACACAUCAACAUAAAGAGCGAAGAAUGAACGUGGGUAGAGUAAGUGUAUAAAGAAAAAAAGGGAGAUAAAAAUGAGCAAAACACAGCUGAAAGCAACACAAGAGUAAUAUUAUCUAGAAACAUGUAGAGGGAAUAGCAAGUGCGGAUCCAAAUUCUUUCCAAAUUGGUUAAUGCAUUGGUUCGUACUAUCUUUUUUUAGUUAAUUAAAAAGGCAAUCCACACUCUACACGGCAAAUUUGCUUUGCAAAUAGCACUGAACCAAUCGAGAGUAGAUGAAAUAAUUUGGCAAGUAGAAGUAAGAAACGAAUAUUACCAACGUAAAAAAAACAAAAUAAUAAGAUCCUUAUAAUUCAGCUUAGUCUUGUGUACGUGAAUGUUCGGAAGUUUGUUUAGUCUUUAUGUUGUAGGCUAUGUUUUUCUUGUGUUUUUGGGUUUUUUUUUAACUGUUGGUUAUAUAUUUUACUUUAGCAUUUUCUCUCUCUCUCUUACUCUCUCGCUGUCUUCUUUUUUAGCUGUAACGUUACGCUCUAACUAGAACGCUUUAAACCUGUAUGUCAUUUCGUCGUCGUUUAAGCUGUGAUUAAGUGUAUAUGAUAUAUGAACGUUAAAAUAGGGAUGUGAGCAUUAAAAUAGGGAUAAUGCAGUGUAGUAAGUUGUAUAGUGUAAUGCAAAAAGACACAGGGAAACGAAGGUGUAGCGAGCGGGUUUGUUUGUUUUCUGUUCUUCUGUCUCGCUGCUGUAUGCAUUCGGCUGUCGCAAUUUGGUUCCCACAUUGAACCCAUUGGAACGUUCGGGUUUUUGUGCGGUUUUUUUUGGUGUUUGCACACGCUUUAGAACCUAAAACUGUGCAUCGAAACACACACACACACAUAUUCAAAGGAGAUUUGGGGAAAGGGCAUCUACUUAAGGCUUCAUCUAGUUGAAACGCAAAAGUAGAACACGAACACCUACUACCCCACAUACACACAUACACACAUCCACACGAAAAAUUGUAAAGAAUCAGACGAAUUCGAUUGUAGGGCUUUAGUAGUAGUGAGUAGUACUUAAGUGCAAGCGGUAGCUCAAACUUGCUUGUUGCGGUUAAAAGAUUUACACGUUUCGUUUGCUGCCGUUGAAGCCGCUUGUGAGUGUGUGCGUGUGUGAAUGUGUGUUUUCCGGUCACAUUGUAGAUACCUUCUGAACAAGACGCACAUCUGUAUAGCAGACCGAAUUGAAGCCGAUAUUUAGGACCCAUUUUUAAACACCAAAUAAUCCCACCCUGCUGCUACGAUAUCCCGGAUAGCCUAGAGAGCUGGACUCUUCUCCACUUAACCAUCAGGCCCUAGUAAACGAAGGAUCCAGCAUCUGGCAUGAUUGUGUACAGACAGGAAGACACAAGUGUGUGUGUGUGUGUGUGUGUGUGUGAAUGAGUGUGCAUGUGUGUGUGUAUGCGUGAUGCCAAACAAUCAAUAUGCGAAGCAAUCUGGUACAACGGCGGUGGCAGUACAACGGUUGUCCAGAAGCUCCUACGGCUACAACGGUGCAGACGCUUGAUGUGGACCCGGUUGUACAUUAGUGAACGAAGGUGUGUGUGUGUGUGUGUGUGUGUGUGUUGGUUUUGCAAUGUCAAUUGCAAACAGAAAAGAAACACACAACAACAAAAAAAGCAACCAAAACAAAUUGCAAAACAGUGGAGCUAAUGGGCCAAACCAAAACAAAACACGCGGAUAAACGUAGAAACGGAAGAAAAAAACGGAACAGAAUGCAAGAAAAAGGGUGUGACACACGUGUACUAUACUGCAAGGUUUAAAAACAAA